AUGUCCAAGAAGGGUGUGUACAGGCAAAUAUAUGUCACUAUAGUCGCGACCAUGUCGAUAUUCAUCAGCGGCAUGUGGCUGGGGUGGCCAAGCUCGGUGGUGGAGAAGUUCGUCAAGCACGAAACGGACUUCAACGCGACCAUGGACGAGCUGUCGUGGAUCGUGGCCACGAUGGACUUGGGCAACGUGAUCAGCCCGCUGCUGGCCGGCCACCUGAUGGACUGGAUGGGCCGGAAGCCCAGCACCGUGGUGCUAGGGCCGCUGUUCAUCGUCUCGUGGGCGCUGACGCUGUUCGUGCCCACCACCUGGGCGCUGUACACGGCCCGCCUGCUGGCCGGCAUGGGCAAGGGCAUGUCGUACACGGUGGUGCCCGUGUACCUGGGCGAGAUAGCGUCUCCCGCCAUCCGCGGAGCAUUGGGAAGCGUGUUCUGCCUUCAGUUGCACUUUGGCUUCCUGAUGGAGGCGGUGAUCGGCCCGUUGGUGUCGUACCGCACGCUCAACGCCGUGUCCGCCGUCGUGCCAGUUCUGUUCUUGGUCGCUGCCGUCUGGCUGCCCGAGUCCCCGUACUAUCUGCUGAAGCGCGGCCGCCGGCCUCAAGCAGCCGCGUGCCUGCAGUGGUUCCGGGGCGGCGGUGACGUGGUCCACGAACUGGACCUGAUGGAGGUGAACGUGCGCAAGGAGAUGGAGAACCGUUCCACGUUCCAGGAGCUGUUCGCCAGCCGGAAGGACAUGCGGGCGCUGGCCAUCGUGGUGGCCGCGUGCGCCACGCAGCGGGCGGGCGGCAUCAGCUGCUUGAUGGCCUACUCGGCGCUCAUACUGCCGGAUAACGGGCCGCUGUUGAACAGGCACGAGUCGGUCAUGCUGUUCGCCGUCACCCUGGCCGUAGUCAACUUGCUGGCCGUCGCGCUGGUGGACAGGGUGGGCCGGAAACCGCUGUUACUGUUCUCCGAGGCGGGCAUGGCCGUCGUCACCCUGAUGUUCGCCGUGUUCUUUUACUGUUCCCGGGGCGACGGUAGUGACUUUGCCACCACCGAGCUCGAGUGGCUCCCGUACCUCUGCCACUGGUCGUUCGCGGUCAUGUUCGGCGCCGGCGUGGGGUUCGUGCCGGUCGUGUUCCUCGGCGAGAUGUUCCCGGUCAACAUCCGGUCGCACUGCUCGGCCAUCGCUUCCAUCACGCUGGCUUUCUGCUCGUUCGUCACCAACAAGAUGUUCCUGUUCGUGUCCAACCGCUACGGGUUCCAUGCCAUGUUCUUGCUGUUCACCGUCGUCAAUUUUUCCGGCACGUUAUACACGUACAAGUACGCAAUCGAGACGAAGGGCAAGACGUUACAGGAGAUCCAAGAGCAGCUGAAGGACACCGUUCGAGAGAAGUCCAACCAAAACGAUAAAUAA